AUGGUCCCGUCUAUCUCGGCUAGAUGCGAUCAGAGAGGUUAUACACAGCAAUUACCCGCAUCCUUCGCAGUUGAGCUAGAGUCUUCCGCCAACUUUUCUGCCAAGGAUUUGCCCCAAGUCAAAGGGCAGGUAUUGUCAGAAAAUGGUCAAAUGAUACAAGGACUUCUCGACGAAGCGUCGCUCGAGAUCUUCGUCUCCUGUGUGGUCGAGGAUACACAGACUUCCGAGGCGUCAAAAAGGUCAUUUGGUACAUCUCCAGUCCCCUGUGCUUUACAGAUCACUUUAUAUGGGCCGCUAGACCUUUUUGAAGAAAUCGGUACGUGGUUCGAGGACUACCAAGUGUUUCUUCAAGAUCCCCAGCAAUGCCACCGAGACGUGAGAUAUUGCAACCCUCACCGAUUGUCUUCAGACGAUGCAACAUCCUCGACUUAUCUAUCAGAUAUCGUUUCGCAGAGCUCAAGAUCCCUCCACCUAGAAAUUGUUUCUCAGCAGCCUGACUUAUUGGACGAGCUAAGUAGCCAUGACAAUUUGGAAGAGACUCCGCAACCCUCGGCCAUCAAGCGGGAGCUCAGAAGACACCAAAAACAGGGACUCACUUUUAUGCUUCAUCGCGAGCAGGGAUGGGCAUUCUUUGACCGGGAGCCAGAUGUUUGGCAGAUCGUGGAUACAGACCAAGGGCGAUUUUUUUUGAACCGAGUUUCAAAUGCUUCCCAGACUGAGGAGCCCAAGCAGUGUUUUGGAGGAAUUAUCGCAGAUCCUAUGGGACUUGGCAAAACUUUGACCAUGAUAGCAUUGGCUGCGACAGACUUGGAAGGGGCUGACCAUCAUAUGCAAACAGGCCAAGAGGACCAUAUAGAUGUUCCGACUACUCUCAUUAUCGUCCCUCCUCCUUUGAUAGGAACUUGGGAAGAGCAACUCUCGGAACACGUCGUCGAAGGUCGACUUAUCACUCGUCGACAUCACAGGGAAACCCGAUUGGUCACUAUCGAGGAGAUCGAGGCAACUAAUAUUGUCCUAACAACAUAUCACACAAUCUCCGCGGAGUGGAGCCCAUCAGGCAAAGCGGAGGGUUCUAUUCUAUACUCUGUGCGGUGGAGAAGGAUCAUCCUCGAUGAAGCUCAUCUUAUCCGGAAUGGUAAUUCGAGAAUGUCACGAGCAGUUUGUGCACUCGAAUCCAAGGCUCGCUGGGCUGUUACUGGUACACCGAUCCAGAACCGUCUUGGUGAUCUUGCAACCCUCUUCAAGUUCAUCAGGGCCCACCCAUACACCGAUCAAAGGUGCUUCGAUACUGACAUUUCCCGCCUCUGGAAAUCCGGAGAAUACCAGGAGGCUAUCAAGCGACUAAAGCGUCUGUCCAAAUGUCUUUUACUUAGACGAGAUAAGGGAACAAUCAGUCUCCCUUCACGUCGAGAUCUGCAAUGCCCUGUCGAUUUUCGUCCCGAGGAAAGGGCUUUGUACAACAAAUUACGUCAACAGGCAAUCAUCAGUAUAGAUGAUGUCUUAAAGAGAGACUCGGAGUCAUCAAAGUCUGGAGCUUAUGUCAACGUUCUACAGCAAAUUGAGUCAUUGCGACUCGUCUGCAACUUGGGAUUGCAUUACAGCUCAAGACAUACCAAAAUAUCACAGACCCUGCACGUUGAUGACUGGCUGGGCCUUGCCCAAAGUACUUUUAACAUGCAGCGCGAUAUGGAACCUAUCGUCUGUCUGCAAUGCUCAUCAACACUGGACAUCACAGAGCCACUCCUCGAUGAUCCCACAACCACAGUCCAGAAUCCUUUCUUCUUCAGCUGUCUCAGAUUCAUAUGUGCUGAUUGUGCGCAAAAGUGCAAGAAAUCUGUUUUAUGUGGACAUAAACCCUGCUGCGCUGUAGCUCACGUCUCAACCAGUGGCCAUGAGGUUGAGUUUAGUUUACCAGGCGCGCAGCCACAGACUGGCAAAGGCCUACCAUCCAAGGUAGAGGCUCUUAUCACAGAUAUCAAGGCUCUUCCUCCAAGUGAAAAGUGUAUCGUGUUCUCAACUUGGAGGCUGACGCUUGAUGUUGUGGAAGCUGGUCUAAGUCGGUCGCACAUCUCAAGCGUUCGUUUCGAUGGUAAAGUGCCGCAGAAGGAUCGCCAGGGCAUCGUGGAUAGAUUCAGGCAAGAUCCGUCUAUUCGUGUAAUGCUUUUGACGUUAUCUUGUGGUGCAGCUGGCCUCACAUUGACAGCAGCAACAAGAGCCUACCUCAUGGAACCGCACUGGAACCCGACCCUCGAGGAACAGGCACUUGCACGCAUUCAUCGUAUUGGACAGUUGCGUGAGGUAACGACCGUACGAUUCUAUGUUCGUGAUUCAUUUGAGCAGCAAGUUAUCAAGGUCCAAGAGUCGAAGAGAUAUCUGGCUGGCCUAUUGCUCUCACCUCACGACAAUGGCCAAGCGAGUGAGAAUCUCACCAGAUUGCAGUACCAGGAAAUGGCAGCACCAAUCUUCGCGCUAGAGGCAACAUCCCUCAACGCCAUCCGGUCCCUCCCUUCGGACAUCUACCUCGUCCAUGCGACGAACUGCAUCGCCGAAUGGGGCGCUGGCAUCGCAGCUGAGCUCGCAACCGUUUUUCCGGGGGCAUGUAGAGAGUACAAGAAGUUCUGCCGAUCAGCCAAAACCGACGCGUCGUCAAGGUGGCCACCGCCGACUUUAGCUGGGCGAAGUUACAUCAUUCCACCACAAGCUUCAGACAUCGCGGGCGGAGCCCCAAAUAUACACAUCGUCUGUCUGUUCACCAGCUAUGGAUACGGAAGAGCGAAUCCGCGAUCUGGAAAGCCGGGGAAGGACAACGCGCGAAAGAUCCUGGUGCAGACUCGGGCGGCGUUGAAGGAGAUGAGGGAACAGCUGGAGACAGAAGCAUGUCAAACUUCGGAGGGAGUUACUACUAUCUACUCGCCUAUGUUCAAUUCUGGGGCGUUUCAGGUACCAUGGGGAGAGACAAAUAGGCUUAUUGAGGAUGAGUUCAGCGGGUUUGAGGGCCGUUGGCUAGUUAUGGCGCCACCGUAG